AUGCUUGUAGCCAUCCAAGGAUGCUGCCACGGUAGUCUUACAGCGAUCUACGAUUCUGUCGCCCAAUUUGAGCAAGCGAAGAGCCGUAAGGUUGACCUCCUGCUCCUCUGUGGAGACUUCCAGGCUCUCCGAUCGCGACAUGACUUUGAGUCUCUCAACGUGCCGGCCAAGUUCAGGCAAUUAGGAACGUUCCACGAGUACUACGCGGGGAAGCGAGUGGCGCCGGUGCUUACUAUCGUGAUCGGAGGCAACCACGAGGCGAGCAAUUAUAUGUGGGAGCUGUACCACGGCGGAUGGCUCGCUCCCAACAUUUACUACCUCGGAGCGGCGGGAAGCGUCAUGGUUAACGGCUUGCGGAUAUCGGGAGCCAGCGGGAUCUUCAAGCCUCACGACUAUGAGAAGGGCCAUUUCGAGCGCGUGCCCUACAACAACUCGAUGCUGCGUAGCGUGUAUCACAUCCGCAAGUAUGAUGUUGGCAGGCUGAUGCAGUUGGAUCGGAAAAACCCUUGCGUCUUCCUGUCGCACGACUGGCCUAUCACGAUCGCAAAGCACGGCAACACUCAAAAGCUUUUGCAGCGAAAACCAUUCUUCCGCGACGAGGUCAACCGCGACGCCCUCGGCUCGCCGCCUUUGCUCGACCUCCUGAAGAACUUGCAGCCCUCCCUCUGGUUUGCUGCCCACUUGCACGUCAAGUUCGCUGCUCUUUACGAACAUCCAGCGGACGCUGCAGCUGCCACUUUGAUCGUAGACGUCGCCGCUCCAGUCGCCAACCCCGACGAGAUUGCCAUCUCAGACGAUGAGGACGAGGUUGAGACCGCUGUCGCUUCCGAAGUUCAGGUGGCGUCAGCAGAGAACCCGGACGAGAUCACCAUCAGUGAUGAGGAGUUUGACGAGCCCGUCAAGCCGCCUGCUCCACCCCCAGAGGCGGUAGCCACCCCAGCCGCUGUCUUGUCGGUCGACGCGAAUGGUGUUGCUUCAGCCGAUCCGAUACCCAACACGACAAAGUUCUUGGCUCUCGACAAGUGUGGAAAGGGCAAGGAGUUCAUUCAAUUUCUUGAUAUCCCCACACCUGAGCCUGUCGUCCCAGGUCAGCUAAAGUUUACUUUCGACCCGCAGUGGUUGGCUAUCACCCGCGCACUGCAACCCUUCCUCAGUACCGACUUUUUCCAGCCUCCUUUGCCAGAGCCAGAAGUUGCAAAGGCAAUGGUCGCGGAUGAACUGCAGCGGAUAGAACAGGAGGGUCUGCUUGUUCCGGGCCAAUUGGGAGAGGCGGAGUUGGCCGAAGGGGCCGUGCCUCCUUUGGUCUGGGAGAAGGGACCGAUCGACAUCGGACGAGUGCAGCAGUUCUGGCCUACGGCUCCACCAGAGGGAGAGCCGGGAGGUUCGCCGAGUGCAUGGUACACAAACCCGCAAACUGAAGCGUUCUGCGGCAUGCUCGGCAUCGAGAAUAAGAUCAACCCCCGACCUCAGUAG